UUAAAGGAAUGGCCUUUGUCUCUCUCUCUAAAUGUGUGUGUGUAUAUAUAUUAAACGACUCCAUUUCUCCUCUGUAUCAUUCAUUUAACUGCUAAGACCAAAAACUCAUAUCUAUACUGCAACAAAGAAUUGGAGGAGCUGUUGAGAGUAAAAAAUGACUGCAGGAGAAAACCCUUUUGCACCUAACACAUCUUCUCUGCAAAACCAGCUUAAAGAGAAGGACAAAGAGCUUUUGGCUGCUAAAGCUGAAAUUGAGGCUUUGAGAACCAAUGAAGAUGUCAAAAACAGAGCAUUUGGGGAGCUUAGAGAAAACGUGAGGAGGUUGGAGGAGAGACUUGGAGACACCAAGAAUCUUGUUGAACAAAAGGAGGUGGAGAUGAAGAAGCUGGAAGAAGAUAAGGAAGAUGCAUUGGCGGCACAAGACGCUGCAGAAGAAGCAUUGAGGAAGGUUUACACUCACCAACAAGAUGAUGACUCUCUACCCCUUGAAUCCAUCAUAGCUCCUCUUGAAGCUGAGAUCAAGUUUCACAAACACGAGAUUUCUGCGCUUCAAGAGGACAAGAAAGCGUUGGAACGGCUGACAAAAUCAAAAGAAUCGGCGCUUAUUGAAGCAGAGAGAAUCUUGAGAAGUGCCCUUGAACGUGCUUUGAUCGUUGAGGAGGUUCAGAACCAUAACUUUGAACUUCGAAGACAGAUUGAAAUCUGCCAGGAAGAGAACAAGUUUCUUGAGAAGAUCAACCGCCAGAAAGUGUUAGAGAUCGAGAAGCUCUCCCAAACCAUUGGAGAGUUGGAGGAAGCAAUCUUGGCCGGAGGAACAGCCGCUAAUGCAGUUCGAGACUAUCGCCGCCAAAUCUCCCAGCUCAAUGCAAGUGUCCUUGAAGAGAAGAGAACCUUGGAGAGAGAGCUGGCCAGAGUCAAAGUGUCAGCAAGUAGAGUGGCUCUUGCGGUUGCUAACGAGUGGAAAGAUGAGAACGAUAGAGUCAUGCCCGUAAAGCAAUGGCUUGAAGAGAGAAGGCUUCUCCAUGGAGAAAUGCAGAAGUUGAAAGAUAAACUUGCUGUUUCAGAGAGAACAGCUAAGGCUGAGUCCCAGCUAAAGGAGAGGUUGAAGUUGAGGCUGAAAACCAUAGAAGAUGGCUUGAAAGGACCAAACACAUUCUCCAUCUCUCAAACAACUACAAAGACUGAAAAAUCUGGCAAGAUUUUAGGAUUCUUGACGAGUGGUGGUGGAUCAAAGAAAAGGUCUCCUUCUCAGCCACGAGGUUCAGUUACAGGAAGAAUCUAUGCUCUGAAUCAGUCGAUCAACAUAGUUGCAGAAAGUGAUGUAAAAGAGAACUCAGAGGUUACAGCAAACGGAUUGAUUGAUCAGCAUGAAGAAGAUGGUAAAAGGAAAAGUGAGGAAGAUGGAAAUGUAGAUUCUGAAGAUAUGGUUUCAGGGUUUUUGUAUGACAGGCUUCAGAAGGAAGUGAUUGUUCUAAGGAAGAUUUGUGAGAGUAAAGAGGGUACUAUAGAUGCCAAAAAUGAAGAAAUCAAGAUGCUGUUAAAGAAAGUUGAUGCUCUAACAAAAGCCAUUGAAGUGGAGACAAAGAAGGCAAAGAGGGAAGCUGUGGCGAGAGAAAAGGAAAAAGCAUUGGCAUUGUUGAAGGAAGAGUCAAAACAAUGUAGAAAGGCAAAGUUGCCGAGAAGCCGCGUACCCAAUUCACGUGGAAGAUCAUGUCAAAUAUAGGAAGAAGAAGCUUCUGGGAGUGAAAAUAUUAAUUUGGGUUGUACUUGUACAUACGGAGUGUUGGAUGGUUUAUAAGAAAUGUGUGCGUGUUAUAUCGUUUGGAUUGCAAAACAUGUUCUUAGAGAAGAUGUUGAAACAAACUUAUCUCUCUACUUCUUUAAAAUUAGUUGAGUGAUUAGCAAUUAUCUUGAGAACCUAAAGUAAAUCAUGAUAUGCUCAACAUAUAAAACAGGGGAACACAAAAUGUUCUCUGUAGUAGCAAAAAGAUCUGAGAAUGAAGGAAAGAGUAAACUGUAUCUAUCUUUUUACAGAAAAUAAUAAGAGCAUGAAUAUAUACAAAGACUAUCUCUCUUUCUCUCAAGAAGUGAGAAGGAACCAUAUAUUUAGACCAAAAAAACGAAUGCAUCAUCAUGGUGGAUCUUUCUAGCAAGAUCAACUUAGAAUCUCUAUUUACAUGGUGUCUUGUGUAAUGUGAUGUUGCCUGCUGUGUAGACACGGAAGCCGUCAGAAGAGGAAACUAGUUUAAUGCCUCUGUGAAUCUUGAGAGAGCAUCGAUAAGGGUUAGGAACAGAGAGUGGUUUGAUGGAACAAGACUUUUCUAGGUCAGGAAUUGCAUGGAGGUGAGAAGGAAGAUCGAUAAAGAAUUGCCCCAACUCAUUUGUGACAGCUUUGAUCCAUUUGGAUCUACUCCUGAAUCCAGUAUGGCACUUGAUGCCAAUAGUAGCACCGGGAAUAGGGUCGGAGGAGGAAGAGAUAAGAGAGGCGGUGAGAAGGACGGAGGAGAGUUUGAGUUCGCCGUAGCCAGCCAUCUCCACCAUCUCCUUUCUGCUCCAUCUCAUUCUAUUAUCAACAACUGCUUCCCCCGAAGCCACCAUGAAUAACAAAGUCAAGCUACAGAACAAGAACAAAAACCUCAUCUCCAUUUUUUUUCAAAUCUAUUUUAUGUAAACAACUACCAAAUUGGUUAAGAAAUGGAACAAGCAAGCAUGUGUGUAUAUAUAGACAACAA